AUGUGGUUGCGUGCAGUGAUAGGAAAACGAGUGGAGCACACACCGGUAAAGAAUGUGACGAAGGAAACGGAAAAGAAAGAAGUGCAGAAAAAAGUUGUGAAGGAAAUGGAAGGGAAAAAAGAGCAGAAGAAAGUUGUGAAAGUGGUGAAAGUCACAAUCAAAAAGAAAUCAAAAAGACCACUUCGCAAAGGAAACCGACCGCGAAAGCGUCGACCAUCGCGAGCUCAAAGGAGAAGACUGAAGAGAAAGAAGGCUAGACCUCAAAGGAGAAGACCGAAGAGAAAGAAGCCUAAAAGAACAAUAAAACCACCAAAGCUAACUACUACCCUACCGCCACCAACAACUACGCCGCCACCAACAACUACGCCGCCACCGUUAGUGAUGGAUCGUUUGGCGGUUAGGGAAGCCCUUCAGGACUGCUCGAAUCGAACUGGAAACGCAACAGUGUGGAAAACUUGGUACCAUCAAAUGUGCUUCGGAUUUGUUUCAAUAAAUGCUACAUUGCCAUUGAACAAUACGGUAAGUUUUCGCUAA